UUAAUUGCAAAAAAUAAGCCAAUCUAUAGUCAAACGCACCAUUAAAGCAUGAUAAUCAACCAUUUUGUCGCAUUUACAAAGAAUCUUGUCAGUGCCUGUGCAUUGACAGCAGAUGACCAUAUUGAACCAUAACUCAUGUGGAGGACUGAUCAUAAUUCAGCGUUUUAACACGGCUAGAUGAUCCGAGCUGUAAAUGAUCCGGUAUCAUAACAAAGCUUAAUUUAGGCUGAAUACAGAUGAACUGAGAUAUUCAACCGAGUGUGAGAAAGGCCUCAGAUUUUGUUUUCAUAGCGGCAGCAGCACCACCAGCAGCAGCAGCAGCAGCAGCGGUUACAAUUCGGCUUGACUGCCUUCCCCUCCUCCCUCUCCUGUUUGCUCUUAAUGUUUGUUUUUUAGUCCGGCACCAGCAUCCAACCUGUCCAAAAUGGAUACCUCUUGGAGUAAUUUUCUCUUUCAGACACAGCCAACACAGAGCCAGCCCGAGACGCCUCUUCAGCCAGAGUUGCUGCCGGACUUGACGGGCUCUGCUCAGAGUCCUCCGUCAGAACACAUCGCACCGCCUCCUUCCACUGUGGACACCGCUGCCUUGAACGAGGAGCCCUUACCUGGUGAGACAGCUGUGAAGCCAGUCCCCAAGCCGAGCCGACCAGCCCACAUUUGCGCCACAUGUAACAAGCAGUUCAAAAACAGCUACAACCUGAGGCGCCACCAGUCUGUCCACACGGGUAUCAAGAUGAAGGACCGCGUUGCACGUGAGAAAGAGGACGGGGCAAAAGGUGGGGGAGGAGGAGGACGAGUGGAGAGACAGACGGUGCCUCUCUCCCUGCUCCAUCUCACGCUGCCACCCCCUCCUCCUCCUCCUCCUCCUGUCUCUACCAACCCCGCUGCCCCAGGGGCCCUCUCCCAGGCUGGCCAGCACGCCAAUCAGGGAGGGCAACCAGUCACUGUAUCCAUUGCCCCAGCAACUGUAACCAUGGCCGCACAGCCCCAACCCAUCCAAGCUGCUGUUGUGGUGGUUGGUUCCAUGGAACAGAAUCCCAAUCCCAAUCCCAAUCCCACCACCAACCAGGUGCGGAAGAACCAUGCAUGUGAGGCAUGUGGAAAGGCCUUCAGGGAUGUCUAUCACCUGAACCGCCAUCGUCUGUCCCACUCAGAUGAGAAACCCUACUCCUGCCCCAUUUGCCAACAACGCUUCAAGAGGAAAGACCGCAUGAGCUACCAUGUGCGCUCGCACCAAGGCGGCGUGGAGAAACCCUAUGUAUGUCCCCACUGUGCCAAGGCUUUCUCUCGACCGGACCAUCUCAACAGUCACGUUAGACAGGUGCAUUCAACAGAGAGACCCUUCAAGUGCACGACCUGCACAUCUGCGUUUGCCACACGGGACCGUCUUCGUGCCCAUCUGAUUCGUCACGAAGAGAAGGUGCCAUGUCACAUCUGUGGCAAGCUGUUGUCUGCUGCUUACAUCACAGAUCACAUGAGGGUCCAUGACCAAUCCCAGCAUCAUGCCUGCCAUCUCUGCAACCGCAGUUUCACCACGCUCACCUACUUGCGUGUCCACGCUCAAAAGCAUCACGGGCAGGAAUGGAAAGAGAGCGGCGGUGCACGGGGAGGCUUUGGGGGUACGGGGGCUGGGGGGGUACUACUGUGCCAACUUUGCGGGGUCCAGUGCAAGACGACUACACAGCUCCAGGGUCACAUGGGUACCCAUGCCCCCCAACAGGCAGACCCCACCCCAGACCCCACGAGUGCCAGUCCUGUUGGCACUACCAGUGUGGCGGUCACUGUUGCUGCACCUGGCACAGUUGGACUGCUGGUAACUGACUGCUCCAGUAUUGCCCCACAGCCCCACAGCUAG